UCCCCGUUAGACCGGUCUGACUGGUUUAGGAGUUUCUAGAGUUUUACACACACACAAACAGUCUUUUUAAAGCGGCAUAUUCUCUCUGUCACUUCCGCUUCAGCAUAAUAAUUUGAGGAUCGAUGGCGAUUACGUUUUCAAAUCUCCACACAGAGCAAGGUCUCAAAACCGUUGAGGAACACCUCUCGGGGAAAACUUACAUCUCCGGCGAUAAGCUUUCAGUGGAUGAUGUGAAGGUUUACGCUGCCGUGUUGGAGAAACCAGGUGAUGGUUUCCCAAACGUUAGCAAGUGGUAUGAUACCGUUGCUUCCCAUCUUGCUAAAAGUUUUCCCGGGAAAGCUGUCGGAGUGAAAAUUGGUGGCGGUGUUGCUCAGUCCGGAACUCCGAAAACAGAGGCACCUGCUGCUGCUAGAGCUGAUGCUGUUGCUGAUGAUGAUGAUGAUAUUGAUCUUUUUGCUGACGAGACAGAAGAUGAGAAAAAGGCUGCAGAGGAGAGGGAAGCUGCUAAGAAACAUACCAAGAAACCUAAAGAGAGUGGAAAGUCAUCUGUGCUACUUGAUGUAAAGCCAUGGGAUGAUGAAACCGAUAUGAAGAAGUUGGAAGAAGCUGUCCGUAGUGUUCAGAUGCCUGGUCUCUAUUGGGGAGCUUCAAAACUGGUACCGGUUGGUUACGGGAUAAAGAAACUCACUAUAAUGAUGACAAUUGAUGAUGACCUCGUCUCUGUCGACAACCUCAUUGAAGACCAUCUCACCUCAGAGCCUAACAAUGAGUACAUCCAAAGUGUCGACAUUGUUGCGUUUAACAAAAUCUAGAGACUCGAAGACCCCUUUUACAUGAAAAGAUGUCGAGUUCACAGUUUAAGUGUCAUUCACGGUCUUCCUGUCCUGUUACUUGUAUGGUUUUAUGUGUUUCUUAUGUCGUCUCCUUCAUGUUGUAAGACCUACUUUUGUGUUUAAACUAGCGUCUACUUUACUUCUUGUCUAAGGCGAAUUGCUGUUAAAACCUCAGAUUAUCAUAUGCGAGUUUUAUGGUCGCCUA